AUGUCCGCUGGCGAGAGGUCCGAGAUGGCCGAGAGGGGCGGGAAACCGGUGGACCUGGACACGAUUCUAGUUGACGAGGUGGGGCAGUUCGGAGCGUAUCAGAUAACGACGCUACUGCUCGCAGCGUUGCCUGUAAUUUUUUCCGCGUUUGCCUCCGGCGAGUAUAUUUUUACCACCGCCCGCGUACCCAGUAGGUGUGUUAUCCCUCAAUGCGACACCGCCACACCGGAGUAUGCACCGUCCUGGAUACUCAAUGCCGUGCCGGGUACAAGUGUUACGAACUUCGACAACUGCGCCCGGUAUGUUAACAGCUCAGUUCAGGUGGCCACAGAGGCGCAGUGCCCGGCCGAGUGGUUCGAUCGCUCGCGCACCGAGUCUUGCCAGGGCUAUGUCUACGAGAACAUGCUCAGCGUCGUCUACGAUUUCGAUAUGGCGUGCGAUGAGUGGCGGCGUUCACUGAUAGGCACCAUUCGUACGGUGGGAACUCUUUUGGUACUACCGAUAACGGGCUACGUGUCGGACCGCUGGGGGCGUCGGGUGGCACUCACGCUCAACGCCUUCAACACCGGCUGGAUUGGCCUCGUGCGCUCCUUCGUUCACUCCUACGAAUGGUUCCUGGCUCUCGAAGUGUUAGAGUCGACCGUCGGCGCCGGAGCUUACUCUUCUUGCUACAUUCUCGUGACCGAGCUCGUCGGACCCGGCUACCGGGUGAUCGCAGGCGCCACCAUGUCAACGAUGUUCGCGCUCGGCCAAGUAUUUCUCGGCCUGAUCGCGUGGGGCGUACCCUCGUGGCGUCCACUUACGCAGGUGAUCUAUGCGCCACAGCUACUCGUCGUUACCUACUUUUGGAUCCUCUCUGAGUCAGUUCGUUGGCUGCUGAGCAAAGGAAAGUUUGAAGAAGCCGAAGACAUUCUCAAAAAAGUAGCGAAACGAAACAGACGAGAACUGUCUGAUAAGUCACUCGAAGCGCUGCGGGAGAGUGCCGAACGCGAGAAGCUGACGCCACCCCCGGCUGAGGCCUGGCUGCCCUUGCAAGUACUGCGCUCGCGCGUUAUUCUAUCGCGUUGUCUUGUGGCGCCCGUGUGGUGGAUUACAAAUACUCUUGUAUACUACGGAAUGUCUAUCAACGCCGUUAACCUGUCAGGCAACCGGUAUCUCAAUUACGUGUCAGUCGCAGCUGUUGAGAUUCCAGGCUAUUGGACGGCUAUUCUCCUGUUAGACCGCGUCGGCCGCAAGCCUGUCCUCAUCGUAGCCUACACGUUCUGCGCUGCCUGCCAAUUCACCUUCGCUUUUCUACCGGAAGAUGCAGGCAGCGGUGCUUCGCUUGCAGUGUACUUGCUAGGUAAGUACAGCAUCGCGGUGGUGAUGACAUCUGUGUACGUGUACACGGCUGAACUAUUCCCUACACGGCACCGCCACUCGUUGUUUGCCUUUGCGUCAAUGGUGGGGCGGUUGGGCUCUAUCACGGCGCCGCUGACACCAGCACUGGCUCAGGAAGUAUGGGAGCCAUUUCCAUCCGUAUUGUUUGGGUCAUUUGCGCUAGCAUCGGCCGCACUGAUCCUCACCACGCCAGAGACUCUGGGCACUACGCUGCCUGACACUAUGGCCGACGCUGAGAACCUCGCAACUAAGCGCUAA